GAAUGCAAAGAAGUGUUAUUGGGAUGUUAAUUUAUAUGCAUAUAUAUGUAUAUGCAUAUAGUGUAUAUUUAUAGUGUACAGUACAUAAUGAAAUGAUGUUUAUUCUGCCUGGACAAUAUUACAGUAUUAUAUAAAAUGCAUAUACUUUUGAUAAAAUUUAACCCUUUAAAGGGUGAAGGGUGGUGUUUUUUGAUUGAGGCACUUGAAUUAGCGAUUCUUGAUCGCUCGUUUAAAUCUCUCGUGAUCCGUUUGAUUUCCCUUUGCUACGGGAUCAUGUUGCCGGACUUUCAGCAGUGGCCUGACGCCGUUCCUUAAACAAAACCCCAAAACUCCGUAUCUCCUGGGGAUUUGGGUGAGGGGGGGCGUGACUGGACAGAGAUGUAAAGUUUAGAUGUGCGGCAACAGCUAAAGGCCGGGUCGGGUUUCUCCAGGCCCUCUGCUAUAUUUAACCUAGUGAUCUAACACGAGGCAGAGGGUUUAAAUGCCACCCCUGCAGUUGGUGUUGGAGCAGUUGUCGCCCACAGAUCUUCCUCGGCACGAGCUUGGGGAUACACCACCAGGCAGCGAGGCAGGCAGGAGCCAGAAGGAGAUCGCAGGCAGAAGAGAGAGGACAGAGCCGGUGGGAGCCAGAGGAGUCUACGUCAAACUACGUCUGCGUCCUCGAGCCUUGAGAUGGAGCUUUUCGAGACCAACCCGUACUUCUUCCCCGACCAGAGGUUUUACGAAGGCGGUGACAACUUCUUUCCAGGCUCCAGGCUGAACGGAGGAUUUGACCAAGCAGGAUACCAAGACAGGAGCUCCAUGGUGGGGCUUUGCGGGGACAGCAGACUUCUUUCCAGUGGCGUAGGGCUGGAGGACAAGCCGUCACCGUCGUCCUCGCUGAGCCUUUCGCUCUCGCCAACCGAAGAGCAGCAGCACUGCCCGGGGCAGUGCCUACCGUGGGCCUGCAAGGUGUGCAAGCGCAAGUCGGUAACCAUGGACCGGAGGCGGGCGGCUACCCUACGCGAGAAGCGGAGGCUCAAAAAGGUGAACGAGGCUUUUGAGGCCCUGAAGCGUAGUACGCUGAUGAACCCCAACCAGAGGCUCCCCAAGGUGGAGAUCCUGAGGAGUGCCAUCCAGUAUAUUGAGAAGCUGCAGGCACUGGUCAGUUCCCUUAACCAGCAGGAGCAUGAGCAAGCUGGACUGCACUACAGGGGCACCAUCCCUCAGAGGGUGUCAUCCUCCAGUGAGCAGGGCUCUGGCAGCACCUGCUGUAGCAGUCCCGAGUGGAGCAGUGCGUCGGAACACUGUGCCACGGCCUACAACUCCACUCAUGAUGAUCUCCUCAACGAAGAUUCUUCCGAGCAAGCCAACCUCAGAUCCUUGACGUCCAUCGUGGACAGCAUCACGGGCACAGAGGCUGCGGCGGUCACUUACUCAGUGGACAUAACCAAAUGAAGAAAAUACGAAGAAAAGGUGGGGUGAAGAAAAUUUGGAAUUUUGGAAAAUUUCCCCACUUUAAAAUGUCCAUAAGGUCCAGAAACCCAGUAUAAAGGCAGCAGCACUACCUACGACGACACUAAAGCCAAGCCAAGCGAGAAACUCCAUUAAAAGAAAAAAAUGUAAAGAAAAGUCACUGGGGUUGAACUUCCAAUAGGCCUGUCACGAUAACUUUUCAUUUUUUAACUAUAUAUUUAUUAAUGAUAAUUUAUUUUUUUGAAAUCGACAUUCAAAACUUUCUAAAUUAUUUAUUUAUGUUUUUCAUUCUUUUUUCACAUUUUUUUCCCCCAAACUAGGUUACAGAUCACACAUUCUGCAUGAGCUGUGAGUUAUAUCUUAAUAAUCGAGGUGAAAUAAUUCAAUUAAUCAUGAUACUCUUUUUUUAGGUCAUAUCAGCACAUGCUUUCUUUAAUAAUAGUUUGAAAGAUUUUUGGUAACUAAUGAUGUACUUUUCUAAAAAAUAAAACAAAACAAGUAGUUUGAUUAUGCCCACAUAUCAUACGAUAGUUUGAUGACGCAAUUAUCGUGACAGGCCGCCCUAACUUCCAAACUAAUUUUGAGGUCCAUAACAACUAUUUCCAAUCGUUUCUUAUCUUUUGAACAAUUUAGGCUAGCUAGUCUAGACUUAUCGCAGGACAGCAAAUUCACAUUUUUGUCCUUUGAAAUCUUUCCUUCUUUUGAUUCUUUUAUCUUGUUCUUGUUUUUCAUUUUUGCAUUUGUUAAUUUUCUUCUCUUUCUGAGUGUGUGUUAUGCUUACCAACAAAUAUCCAUUUGUGGGGCCAAUGUUUUACGACAGUUUUGACCAAUAUUUGCUUAAUUUAAACUAGUUCUGAAAUGCCAUGUAAAUACGUUCCUAAUUUUUUUACGAUUUUGUUUUGUUUGUUUGUUUGUUUUUUUUGUUUUUGCUAUGUUUAUUUUAUAUUGUUUUGUGUUUGGGAUAAUUUAUUUGGACUUUUAUAAUAAAGAUUGUUGUGCAUUUGUA